CUCUCUUCUUCUCAACACAAGAUCGAGCCAAUUCUCAAUCGCCUCUUCUCUGGGUACUCAAAACAUGCAGAGAGACUAUAAUGGCAGACCCACCUUCUCGCAGAUCAUCGUGGCGUCUUCAAUAGGGUUGAUCAUCGCCGCAGCCAUGCAUUACAAGCUACGCAGGCUGAGAGACCGGAAAAUAGCCCCGCGCCUACGGUUGUCCGACUCCGGCAGGGUCAUAAAGCUUGAAAAGUUCUCCCAUUAUGUAGCGAGGCAAAUGGGAUUCAGCGACAGAAGAGAAUGCCCACAGCUAUGCAAAUUAGCUGCUGAAUACAUCACGAAGUGUGAAGGUUUCGAGGAUGACAUCUACACUUUCUUCUCGGGUGAGCCGGAUGCAGAUUCGCUCUUUGUGAAGCUUGUGGAAGAGCUUGAGAGGUGCAUCCUCAGCUACUUUGCAUUCCACUGGAGCCACGCUGAGAUUAUGAUCAGUCAGGUGAUGUUAAAAUAUAGCAUAAGUCUCUUUCGGAUUGCACCCUUUCAGGUCUUAAGUUGUGAUGCCGAGCCGAAGAAGAAGUUAAGGGACAUCGUCAUGAAGGCAACCAGACAACAAAGAUUCGAGACUGUGACGAAAAACCUAAAAGUGGCUAGAGUUUUCACAACAUUAGUGGAGGAGAUGAAGGCAAUCAGGGCAUCAAGUGAUGACUAUGAGUGCACCGAUGUAAUGGCUCCGGUGGCUCACUGCGAUCGGAGUCCAGUCCUCCUCUUCAUGGGUGGAGGGAUGGGAGCAGGAAAGAGCACUGUUCUGAAGGACAUUCUGAAAGAACCAUUCUGGGCAGGAGCGGCGGGGAAUGCAGUAAUCAUCGAGGCAGAUGCCUUCAAAGAAUCUGAUGUCAUUUAUAGAGCCCUUAGCUCCAGAGGUCAUGUUGACAUGCUGCAAACUGCUGAACUAGUGCACCAAUCAUCUACUGAUGCAGCAUCGUCAUUACUCGUCACAGCACUAAAUGAAGGACGAGAUGUGAUCAUGGAUGGCACGCUUUCCUGGGUGCCAUUUGUUGUGCAGACAAUAACAAUGGCUAGAAACGUCCACCGCCAUCGUUAUCGCAUGGGUGUUGGCUAUCGGAAAGGAGAAGAUGGGUCAGUGACCGAAAACUACUGGGAACGUAUUGAGGAAGAAGAACAGGAACAAGUUGGGGGAAAGAAGAGAAAACCAUACCGGAUAGAGCUAGUUGGAGUUGUUUGUGAUGCUUAUUUGGCAGUUAUCAGAGGAAUAAGGAGAGCAAUCAUGUGCAGAAGAGCCGUGAGGGUGAAAUCUCAGUUAAGAUCACACAAAAGAUUUGCAACUGCAUUUUUGACUUACUGUCAACUAGUGGAUAAUGCUAGGCUAUAUUGUACUAAUGCUCUAGAAGGCCCUCCAAAGUUGAUAGGAUGGAAAGACAGAGACAAGACAUUGUUGGUCGAUCCAGAGGAAAUAAGCUGUUUGGAAACAGUUGGCAGAUUGAACGAAGAGGCAGACUCCAUAAAUGAGCUCUACAGACGACCAAACCCAGCUUGUGAGGCUGGUUCAGUUUGGAAAGACAUUGUACUAUCACCUUCGAGGAUAAACAUACAGCAGGAGCUGAAGUAUUCAAUCCAGAAAGUUGAGAGAUCGAAGUGACUGAUUCACAAUGCAGGAGCUGAAGUACUCAAUACAGAAAGUUG